GGUUGACAAUGGGGAGCCUACAGUUGAUCCUCGUGCUCUUUGUCUUGCUCUCCUAUGUUCCACCAGUUAGAAGUGGGGUGAAUAUGUACAUAAGACGGAUUUACGACACAUGCUGGAAACUAAAGGGCAUUUGCAGGAAUAAAUGUCAAAACCAAGAAAUUUAUCACAUUUUCUGUGGUACUCAAUCAUUGUGCUGCUUAGAAUCAAAGGAAAUGCCGGUUCUCUUCGUGAAGUAGCUGUCACACUUGGUUUUAGUAGAUCCACAUGUCGUUGAGGACCCAGAAAUCUCA